UGCCCCGGGAGGAGAAAGAGCGAGGAAGUUGGACUACUGCAACAACUACACAUCUGUAUGAGGGACUUAAAAGUCGCUGCUGCUUCCCUGAAUAUAAAUAUAACCCUUUAAAGGAUACGAGUCUUGUGUGGUCGUGCUGACUGGAGGUAAACCAUGGAGGAUGGGAAGCCAGUGUGGGCGCCCCACCCCACCGAUGGGUUCCAGCUGGGCAUGAUCGUUGACAUAGGAGCCGACACGCUCACCAUAGAGCCACUGAACCAGAAGGGCAAAACCUUUCUUGCUCCGAUGAGCCAAGUCUUUCCAGCGGAGGAUGAUGUCAACAAACAUGUGGAUGACAACUGCUCGCUUAUGUAUUUGAAUGAGGCCACCCUUCUCAACAACGUCAGAGUGCGGUACAAUAAAGACCUUAUCUAUACUUAUGUGGCCAAUAUCUUGAUAGCUGUGAAUCCUUACAAUGACAUCCCCAAACUGUACGGCCUUGAAUCCCUCCAGUCGUACAGGGGGAAGUCUCUGGGAACUCUGCCACCUCACGUGUAUGCUAUAGCUGACAAAGCCUACAGAGACAUGAAGGUUCUGAAGAUGAGCCAGUCCAUCAUAGUUUCUGGUGAAUCUGGUGCUGGAAAGACUGAAAACACCAAGUUUGUUUUAAGAUAUCUCACCACAACGUAUGGUAGCGGCCAAGAUAUUGACGAGAGAAUUGUAGAAGCCAAUCCCCUUCUUGAGGCCUUUGGAAAUGCAAAGACAGUCCGGAAUAAUAACAGCAGUCGCUUUGGGAAGUUUGUAGAAAUCCACUUCAAUGAGAAGAACGCAGUUGUAGGUGGAUUCGUCUCCCAUUACCUGCUGGAGAAGUCAAGGAUUUGCAUGCAGAGCAACGAUGAAAGGAACUACCACAUCUUCUACAGGCUGUGUGCCGGGGCAUCCGAUGACAUAAAGAAGAGACUUCACUUGGACUCACCGGACAGCUUCAGGUAUUUGAACCGGGGAUGCACCAGGUACUUUGCCAGUAAGGAGUCUGACAAACAGAUCAUGCAGAACCGCAAAAGUCCAGAGCAUCUAAAGGUGGGUGCUCUGAAGGACCCUCUCCUGGACGACCAGGGAGACUUCAACAGGAUGUGUGUGGCCAUGAAGAAGAUCGGUUUGGACGACACUGAAAAGCUGGACCUGUUUAGGGUGGUGGCUGGUGUUCUGCAUCUUGGCAAUAUUGACUUUGAAGAAACAGGAACCUCCUCAGGUGGUUGUGUCUUGAAGAAUCAGUCCGGUCAGUCUCUGGAGUAUUGUGCUGAUCUGCUUGGCCUGGACAAGGAUGACUUACAUAUCAGCCUCACAACCAGAGUCAUGCUCACAACAGCAGGGGGCGCCAAAGGAACAGUUAUCAAGGUGCCUCUAAAGGUUGAACAAUCAAACAAUGCCCGUGAUGCCCUGGCCAAGGCGGUGUACAGUCGACUCUUUGAUCAUGUGGUGAAAAGGGUCAACCAGUGUUUCCCCUUCAAGACCUCGUCCAACUUCAUCGGGGUGUUGGACAUCGCUGGAUUUGAGUACUUUGAACACAACAGCUUUGAGCAGUUCUGUAUCAAUUACUGCAACGAGAAACUGCAGCAGUUUUUCAACGAGCGAAUCCUGAAAGAGGAGCAAGAGCUGUACCAAAAAGAGGGACUGGGAGUCAACGAGGUGCAUUAUGUUGACAACCAGGACUGCAUAGACCUGGUGGAAGCAAAGCUGGUGGGCGUUCUGGACAUUCUGGAUGAAGAGAACCGUCUUCCUCAGCCCAGCGACCAACACUUUGCUUUGGCUGUUCACAACAAACAUAAAGACCACUUCAGACUGACGGUUCCUAGGAAGUCGAAGUUGGCCAUUCACAGGAAUCUGCGGGAUGACGAAGGCUUUAUCAUCAGACACUUUGCUGGAGCGGUUUGCUAUGAAACGACUCGGUUUGUGGAGAAGAAUAAUGAUGCCCUCCACAUGUCCUUGGAGAGCUUAGUGUGUGAAUCGAAAGACAAAUUUGUCCGGGAGCUGUUUGAGAACUCCAACACUGUCAAAGACUCCAAACAGAAAGCGGGCAAACUCAGCUUCAUCAGCGUUGGCAACAAGUUCAAGACCCAGCUGAACCUGCUGCUGGAAAAACUUCGAAGUACUGGCUCAAGUUUCAUUCGCUGUGUGAAGCCCAACCUGAAGAUGGUCAGUCACAAGUUUGAAGGUGCUUUGAUUCUCUCACAGCUGCAGUGCUCAGGCAUGGUGUCGGUAUUGGAUCUGAUGCAGGGGGGUUUCCCAUCCAGAGCCCCCUUCCAUGAACUCUAUAACAUGUAUAAACAGUACAUGCCUGACAAACUCACACGCCUGAAUCCACGACUUUUCUGCAAGGCUUUGUUCAAAGCUCUGGGACUAAACGACAAUGACUUUAAGUUUGGAUUGACCAGAGUUUUCUUCCGCCCUGGAAAGUUUGCAGAGUUUGACCAGAUCAUGAAGUCUGAUCCAGACCAUCUAGCAGAGCUACUGAAGAAAGUCAACACGUGGUUGGUGUGCAGCCGCUGGAAGAAGGUUCAGUGGUGCAGCCUGUCUGUCAUCAAACUUCGGAACAAGAUGAGCUACAGAGCUAUGGCUUGCAUAAAGAUUCAAAAGACUGUUCGCAUGUGGUUAUGUAAGAAGAAGCAUAAGCCGCGCAUUGAUGGUAUGGUGAAGGUCCGGAAGCUGAAGAAGCACAUGGAUCGCUUCAAUGAGGUUGUGAACGGGUUGAAGGAGGGCAAGCAGGAGAUGGCCAAAAAGGUUCAGGAGCUGGCGGCUGCCAUAGACGCUUUGUCAGCAAAGAUAAAGUCCACAGUGAUGACUUGGAAAGAGAUUGACACCGAGUACCAAGGCCUAGUGAAACGUUCUGAGCAGCUCCUGUCCUCGAUGCAGAAGAAGAAGCAGGAGCAGGAGGAGAGCGAGAGACUGAAACACAUCAAGGAGGAGAUGGAGAAAGAGAAGAAGAGGAGGGAGGAAGAGGAGCAGCGACGCAAACAGGAAGAAGAAGAAAGAAGACUGAAAGCAGAGAUGGAGCUGAAGAGGAAGCAGGAGGAGGAGGAUAGGAAAAAGAGGGAGGAGGAAGAGAAAGUUAUACAGGCCGAGCUAGAGAUUCAGCUGGCUCUGGAGCGUGAGGAGCAGGUCCAGCGCAGCGCCAUACUGGAGCAGGAGAGACGAGACAGAGAGUUAGCCAUGAGGAUCGCUCAGAGUGAGGCAGAGCUCAUCACAGAGGAGGCGCAGAUGGACGCCAGCCUGCGCAGUGAUGACUCUCUUUCAGAUCUUCCUAUCUCUGCAUCCUCAGCCAGAGCCAUAGGUCCUCAGGUGCAGGCAACCAAAGCUGCUGCUGGUGUGAAAAAGUACGACCUCAGCAAGUGGAAGUAUGCUGAGCUUCGAGAUGUCAUCAACACUUCCUGCGAUAUUGAGCUUCUGGCGGCCUGCAGAGAGGAGUUUCACCGUCGCCUGAAGGUCUAUCAUGCCUGGAAGUCCAAGAACAAGAAACGUAACGACGAUGGAAGUGAUCAGAGGGCUCCUAAAUCUGUCACUGACUAUGCUGAACAGAACCCGGCUCCACCAAUGACAGCCCAGCAUCAGGAAGUGGCCAUAAACCGGCAGCAGCGAUAUUUCCGCAUUCCUUUCAUCCGACCUGCUGACCAGUACAAAGACCCCCAGAACAAAAAGAAGGGCUGGUGGUACGCCCACUUUGAUGGGCCAUGGAUAGCCCGACAGAUGGAGCUUCAUCCGGACAAACGGCCUAUUGUGUUGGUUGCAGGAAAAGACGACAUGGAGAUGUGCGAGCUCAGUCUGGAGGAGACGGGCCUGACCAGGAAGAGGGGGGCGGAGAUCCUGCCACGGCAGUUCGAAGAAAUCUGGGAACGCUGCGAUGGAAUUCAGUACCUGAAGAGAGCAAUAGAGAACAAGCAAGCCCGACCCACGCACGCCACCGCCAUGCUUCAGAGUCUCCUCAAGUGACGCAGAGCAGAGGGAUAAGAGCAAGUCCUGAAACAUGACACACAGACUCACAAAUAUGCGGGCACAGCAGUGUAACUGCGGUUUGUGGGAUGGAGGGAGAGAUGCUCCAUAUACAGUCUUACUGUAGAAACUGCUUUUUAAAUCCUUGUAUUUUGUUUAACUUUUUAUAUCUGGAAUUUGGUGUGAAACACCUUCUUGGUGUAGACUUAGCAUCCUUGUGUUUCUCUUCCUGAAUGUAAAACUUCACCAUAAGGCCUUAAACCUCAGACGUCUUAACUGUUUUCUAGCCUUUCUAACUGCUAAGUUGAAGCCUAAAUUAUCUGCAGAUGAAUCAGAAGUAGUCUUUUCAAAAAACGUAUGAAAAAGAAAUAAUGUUGCCUCUUCAGUCAUUCUUCAGGUUGUGUGGAUAUAGAUUUAUUACUCCUCAAAUUUUACAUCCACAUAGAAAAACAAUCACAGCUUCUUGGUUUUGCCUGUUCAACAAAAGAACUACAUAUUUUUUUACUCAUAAAUGAAAUGAAAUUAUUUCAAUCAAGAAACACUAAAAAGCUAUAUUUAUACAUUGUUAUACAAAGUGGCUUUACGUCUACAUACCUCUGUUAACACGCUAAAUUUGUGUUGUGUAAAAAAUGAGGCCAAGCUAUAUCAUUACAGAACUUGUCCACCUUUAAUGUAACUUACAUACAGGUCAAUAGAAAAAAGAAUCUGUUAGAAGAAUUUUAACACACUGGUGGCACUAAUAUGCACACACCUAGACUAAUUCUUCAUUGAAGCACCUUUUGAUUACAUCACAGCUUUCAGUCUUUUUGGUAAAUUCAUUGGAUUAACUUAACAAUGACAUGUCCUGUGCUCAGCCCUAUUCAGGUCACAGAUUUUUAUCAGGACUCAGGGCUGGACUCUUUUGUAGUCUUGGGUGUAUUACUGGGUCAUUCUCAUGUUGAGUUGAAAUUCCUCUUCAUCUUCAGCUUUCUAGAAGAUCCAUGAUUGAAGUUAAAAAAUAUCUAAGCCAGGCUAAAUUUAGCCAAAACCUCAGGUCUCCCAAAAACAUGUUGGUAAAUGUGUUGUGGUUUGAUGGGACCAGAGGUGAGCAUGUUUCACACCAAAACAACACUGCACAUCACCAAGAGAAUACCAUACCCACGGUGCAGCAUGGUCAGGGCAGCAUCAUGCUUUGGGGCUGUUUUUGUUCAGCUGGAACUGUCUUUUCAAGGUUGAGAGAGAAAUUGCUGUCAGUUUUGGCACCAAACCUUCAGCGUCAGCUAGAAAACUGAAAAUAAGGGCCCUCAUUUAUCAAACGUGCAUACAGCAGAAAUUUGGGUGUACACUACUGGACAUUUCAGGCUUUCAUAAAUGUUUUGUUUUGUGUUUUUUAAGUCUCAUGAACAGUCAGAAGAGAGCAGCGUAUCUCUCGUAAACAGGCUUAUCACUGCCUGACACUUAGAAUUAGCCUUCAUUAAUAAUAAUAACUGAACCUGAGUUAUUACAGCCACUCCCACCUCAGCUUGGUGUAGUUUUAGUCUGUCUUCUUUCUGUUUGCAUGCUGCUUCUUUUAAGAGCCAAAACACGCUUUUAUAUCCCCAUCUUAAGAGCUGUUUGCGUUUUUAAACCCAGAUGUAAGAAUAUUGGUUAUAUUGUAAACUGAAUGUGAAGAAUUGUGAUAAUAUCAUAUAUGAGUAAUAUUUCUUGGAUAUUGUGGCUUCUUGGCUCUAUGGCGUAAAUAUUCUAAUAUCAGCUGGAGUUCAGUUGUGUGCAACAUGAUUGUUAACCUCAGCAGUAAUUUCCUUCCACACUUGGUGUUUCUGAUUCAUUUUAAUGCUGUUUUUUUGUUUGUUUGUUUGUUUUUUGUUGUUGUUGUUUUGUUUUUGUUUUUUUUGCUGAAUAACAACUAAUAUUUAAUUUUCCUUUGCUUCUGACAUGGAGACUGAACCCAUUACAAAGGAGGUGGGGUUUUUGCUGUGUUAUAGAUCUCCUCGUUGUAACUCGGGGGAGAGGCCAGCUGAACUGUAAACAUAGACGGGAGUAUGUUAUAUAAAUGGCAGUUGUUUUCAGCUGCCAUAUUCAUCAACACCCAAUCAGUUGUACGCUGUUAUUGGCCAUAUAUGCAUGUUUCAUGAAUCACACAUGAUUUCUACAUCCAAAUCUGUGCUGGUUUCUAUGCAAGUUUGAUAAAUGAGGGCUAACGAGUGCAAAUUUGCACCUUACAGAUUGACAAUGACCCAAAGCAAUUUUACACCAAACAAUGUGAGAUCUUAACAGAUGUGUUUAGACUUUUAGAGCCAAAAUAGCAAAUCUGCUUUUUGUUUGGUUAAAAUCUUUUGAUGACUAAAUUAUUAUACAUUUAUCUUGCCUUAGCUUAAAAACACAAUAAAUUAACAGUCAUAAAAUAUCUUUUUCUCUUCAUUACAGUCUUUUAAAGAAUCAUUUCAUCACUGUCUUUGAAGCUUUUUCUUUUUACGCUUGUUCAUUUCUUCCUGCUCAAAAAAUUCUGCUAACUUUUAAAAUCUUUGGAAAAUUCUGUUGUUUUUUAUUUGUUAUGCAAGAAAGAAAUGUAGAUGUUUUCAUGUUUGCAGUUUCAUGGGUUUGGGGGUGUUUUACAGAGAAUAAUGUUAUGCGUGUGUCUGUUUUAUGUGUGUUAUGUUCAUGUUUAAUUCUGUCGAGCAAACCACUUCUCACCCUGCUUUAGUUACGUUAUUCAACGAUAAUAGCCAGUGAUUCACAGACAAGCACAGCAGCUAUCUGUGAGUAACUAUUCACUUACAAAUCCUCCAUCCUGGUUCUGAUUGUUUGUUUGCCUUCACACUGGAUACGGUAGAAAAUAAACA